CCCUCUCCCUCUCCCUCUCCCUCGAUCGAUCUCUCCCGUCCUCCCGGGUCUCGGCCAGAGCACUGCAUUUUUCGCCACCACGGGCAUGCGACUCGGGUCUCGCACGGCACUAUGUUCAUCAAGCGGGUAAAGAUAUUGAAUUUCCUUACUUUUCGUGAUCAAACAGUGGUCUUUGAUAGUGGAUACAAUACCAUCGUGGGCCAGAAUGGCUCGGGCAAGACAAACUUCUUUGAAGCCAUCCGCUUCGUCCUAGGAGAUGGCCCCUUCGCGGAUUUGGGCAGCCGCCAGACCCGGCUCCGGUACAUCCACGGCGGCGGCGUCAACUUCACGGAUGCCAGCGUGGAGCUGGUUCUGGACAAUCGCGACGGUCGCUUGCCGACCCCCAAGCCCGAGCUGUCCCUCAGGCGGACGAUCAACCAGCUCAAGGAGGAGUACUUCCUGGAUGACAAGCCGAAGCGGAGGGAAGAAAUCCUGAGCCUGCUCGAAUCGGUGGGCUUCUCCCAGACGAAUCCCUUCUACAUUGUUCCCCAGGGCCGAAUUUCCUCCGUGGCCGAGGAGCGCGACGAAGAGCGCCUGGCUCUGCUACAGGGCAUUGCCGGGACGCAGAUUUUCGAAGAGAAGAAGGCCGACGCUCGGCGCUUGUUGGACCUGACCCAGGAGCAGCGCGCGCAGGUGGACGACGCGGUCGGGCAAAUCGCCGGCCGGCUGGCCGAACUGACCCAGGAAUUGGCCGACUUGCGGGAGUUCAACCGGCUGGACGCGCGUCGUCGAGGGCUCAGCCGGGCUCUCUAUGCGCGCGAACUCCAAGAAAGCCAAGCCCACUUGCAGGAGUUGAGUGUGGCCGCCGGCGGGGCAUCCGGCUUGGGCCCGGGUGACAUGGCCGCAUAUCAGACCCCGCGUUCGCGCGCGCGCCAGGCCGCACACGGGAGCCUUGCCGGCUCGACGCCAGCCCGUCUCGGGCAAGCCCACCGGCUGGACAGCCAGCAGGCCACCCUGGCCGACCAGGAGGAAGCCCUCCGGCGCAGUCGCGAGGAUGAGCGCAUUGGCCAGGAGCAGCUGCGCCAGCAUGCGGCCCGAUUGUUUCAACUGUCGGCCGCCGCCACGCGCCUUGAGGCUCGGUUGGAGCUGGAGGCCCGGUCGGGCGAGGCCACUGCCGGGCUCACUCGGCGCCGGGCGGCCCUCCAGCGAGCUCUGGAUGCGGCGCAAAUCCGCCAGCAGGAACUCCACGGCCGCGUGGACCAGCUGGCGGACGAUCGCCGGGAUUUGGCGGCCUCGCUCGGGCAAACGCGCUCGCUGCUCGCCGCCUUGCAGGCGGUGGCCACCCUGCCGGCGGACGGCCCGGGCCGAGCCGAGUGGGUGGCCGACCAGCGUCGCCAGGCAGCCGAGGCUGUCCGGCAGUUGGAGGCCGAUUUGGCGACUUUGCAAGACCGGGUGGCGUCUGCUCAGCGCGAGGCGGCUGACCCGGCGGCCGCGGCUCGUCGGCUGGAUGCCAAUGUGACCGCGGCCGAGGAUGCGGCCACCGCCGCCGCAGCGGCCCAUGCCGAAGCCACCCGCCAGUGGAAGGACCUGGCGGACGCUCGUCAGCAGGCCGGCCGCCGACAGGGCGACGAGCAGCAUGCCCUUGCUCGGCAGUAUGCUGACGCCCUGCGGGCGGAUCACCACCUGCAGCGGGCAUUGCCCGGCCCCACUCGGCGGGGCUUGGCCAGUCUGGCCGAAUGGAGUCUCGCCCAGGGGGUGGCUCCCGGCUGGUGGCUUGUGCCGCCGGAGCGCCUGGUCGCCAUGGAGGACAUGUCCCAGCUUGGCAGCGAGAGUGCCUCGGCCGUGGUGGAGGCCAUUGCCGGGGCAGCCGAAGCAGCAACCGCGCGAUGCUGCUUCGGGCCCUUCUUUGGCCUGCUGCAGGGUGUGCCGGAGGAACUGAGCACCGCAGUUCAGGCGGCCGCCGGCGGUCGUCUGCACUAUGUCGUCGUGGCUGACGACUCGGUGGCUCAGGCCUUUCACGACUGGUCGCGCAGUGGCCCCGGGCGCCAGGGGGCCGUGACCUUCGCCCCAUUGACCGUGGCCGGCAGCACGGCCGCCGGUCCGGACGAAGAGUGGUCCUACCCGGACAGCUGCCGGUCUUUCGAGUUGGAGCUCCGGCCGUAUGUCCAGCCGCGCUUCCAUCCCAUCUUGCGCAUGCUCUUCGCCGGGUAUGCCCUGUGUCCGGAUGUGCGCACCGGCACCCAGGCGGCCGACCGGUAUGGCAUCACUUGCGUCACCCUGGAGGGAGAUGUCAUCUCCCCGACCGGGACCCUGACGGGAGGCUUCCGGAAUGCCCGCCGGGCGCUGCUCCCGGCCUCGGACCAGGCAGCCCGUGCGCGUGCGGCAUACCAUGUGCGCGCUGUGGCCGGUGCUGCCGCGGCCGCUGCACUGCGCGCGCUCGAUGAGGAUGUGCGCCGGCUGGAGCUCGGGCCGUUGGCGGCCGCCCAGCUGGCCGUCGGUGCGGCGGCCGAGCAGGUCCGCCAGGCCCGUGCCGCGCGCGAGGCCUUGGACGAUGAGCUGGCCCAGCUUGAGGGCCUCGCCGCGCGGCUGGCCAGCCAGACCCAAGCCGCAGACCGGGCCCGACAACGCUUCGCCGAGUUGGACACCAUGCUUGAGGAUGUUGGUCGAGCCGGAGGGCCGGCCGCCGAGGCCCAGCGCAUGGCUCUCCGAGCCGAAGAGGCGUCCCUGCAAGAGCGCCUGGCCGGGGCCGAGCAAAUGGCCCAGGCCUUGGGCUCCGAAGGGGCAGCCCUCGGAUCGCAUGUGGCCAAUCUGGAGCGCCAGCUCCAGUCCAUUGAGCAACACCUGUCCGCCCGGGGACCGGAGGGCGAUUCCACGGCCGACCCCCAGGCUGAUCGCCUCGCGUGGCUGCAGGCCGAACUGGCUCGCUCGAACCAGGAGUUGGCUGCUUGCGAGGCGGAGCGCCGAGAGAAAGAGCGGGCUGUAGCGGAGGCUGCCCGGCGAACCACAGCCCUGGAGGCGCAAAUUCAGAACUCCAAAAACUCCUUCCGGAGGAUGUUCCGCGAUGAGCAACGUGCCAUGUCCCAGCGCGACCGGGCCCAGGAGUCGCAACAGCUCCUGCGCGAACGCAUUGCCUGGCUGGAGCACCAACUGGAGGACCUUGAACUGAGUGAGCUUGAUCAGGCUGUCGCGGCAUCCGGCCGACCGGAAAGCCCCUCCAACGUGGAUGCCCAGCUGGCGACACCGGACUUGAUGGCGGCCCUGGAAGCCAUCAAUGCCCAGCUGGCGGACUAUCGCCAUGUAAACCGCCACGCGGUCGAGCUACAUGGGGCGUAUGCCGACAACCUGCGGCAGGCCCAGGCCCGCUUGCAGCAGCUGGACCAAUCGGCCGCAUCCAUCGGCCGGCUGAUGGAGUUCCUGGAACAAACGCGCGAGGAGGCCAUCGAGCGGACACUGACCAGUGUGGCUGGGCAUUUUGGCCAGGUAUUCGCCGAACUGGUGUCCGCCGGAAGGGGAGAGCUGCGCCUGGAGCGGUCUUCCGGGCCCUCUGGCCGAUUGACCGGCGUCUCGGUGCAUGUGGCCUUCGGUGAGCCGACUGGCCCGAGCGGAUCGGAGCCCCUUGCCGAUCUGCGGCCGAUUCAGGCUCUCUCUGGUGGCCAGAAGACUUUGGUGGCGCUAUCGCUCAUCUUUGCCAUCCAGCGCUUUGACCCGGCCCCCUUUUACUUGUUGGACGAGGUGGACGCACACUUGGACCCGGUUCACCGGGCAGCCGUGGCAGAGGCCGGUGACGUGGUGCCAGGUGAACAGCAAGGUGGCUGUAUUUGAAGCGAGGGAAGGUGGGGCGGGGGGGAACGAAGAGGACGAGGGCCGAACCAGCAGCCCAGGGCGGGGGGACUGAGAAAGCAGCAAGAAGUAUACACAUGAAAAGGCACUCAAAAGGCCCCGCCACUCUGGGCAGUUGGGUAGAAGAAAAGCAGCGAGGUGUUCUGCCGAAGGUGGUCCAAGACCGGUGUCACGUCGAAUUCCAGCGACCGGCUCAUGUCCAGCAGCUGCAGGGAGGAGUUGGUCAGGAAGAGAUUCCCCAGGAGAGGGAGAAUCCCCUCCGGGGCAGGGGCAUUUGGCACUGUGCACGCCUCCAUCCGCAGUGACCGGAGGACGUUGUUCGACAAUAGUCCGGUCAGGAUGUGUGACAUGCCGGCCAGGCCGAGGGUGUUGAAGCUGACAUUCAGCGACAGGAGUGUCCGGUGGCCCUCCAGCAGGUUGCGCAGGACGCCGGCCGCAAAGUCGUUCAAGUGCGUUUGGCUGACAUCCAGAUGUGUGAUGGCGGUGGAGUUCUUCAGCCCGGCCACAAGGCGCCCCAGGGUCCCAUGCGUUUGGGGAGUGUCUACAUGGCCGGCAGGGCGGCGGAAAGAG